AUGCACGAAUCUGACGACAAAGAUAAGAUGAUGAUGUUCUCCUGGCCGAUUCCGGCUACGGCGACCAAUCUCAUUGAGACUAGCCAACUGCGCAGGAGAUAUUAUAGUGCACAAGUGUAUGCGCAGACACAACGUGCACUCUCUAUUCCUGUCACUCUCAUACUCCGGUGGGACGACUGCUCGACAAGACCAGUGAGAGUUAAGGCGCAGGACCGACGGCUUUACGUGCUCUCCGAGGCACGGGGG